GAGGCUGCUGUGUUCAGUGCAUUUUCCAGUCCACAUUACUAGCUUAUGGCGGUUCGUCUGGACACAGCCCCGGUGUCAGUCAAGUCAGGUCUGUGCUGGUUAGUUUGACACAAACGGCCUACAGUGCCCUGUGUCUUAACAUUUUGAAAACAACCAGCAGAACAGCGCGAAGUGCCGUCAGUGGGAGGAUGCAGGCCGCUUGGGAUCGGGGAGACUAUGCCGACAAAAACUCCCAGGGACCUUCUGUGACAAUCGCGAGCUUCCAGGGCAGCAGUGGCCCGGGCCCCUGUUGCCGAUGGAUGUCUGCAGCUGGGAACACGUGCGGUGACUUCUGUGGGCUUCUCCAGUGCACCUGUCCCGCACAGGGCUCCUGCCGCCUGAGUGCACAGACCCCCUCCUGCCCCUCGGGACAGCGGCGCUCUGCAGAGGACAUGGCCCCAGAGCGGCUUCCAGGGACCGACGUCACAGCGGCCACUGUUGCGAUGGGGGCCCCCGCUCGGGUGGCUGCGUGCCCGCAUACCAGCACUCCAACCGCACCUUCUCCCACCUUACCCGGAAGCUUCCUCGGCCACAAUGGCUCAGCAUGCUGGCCUCGUCCCAAGCAGCUCUGUCCCCCUGCUCAGUGUCACCCUGGAGCCGUCUCCGUGCAAGUUCCUGCUGACGCGGUGGACCCCGCUGUCUGUGGCUUCCCAGACACGGACGCUCAGGCGCCGCCCAGUCUGGGGUUCGGGGUCCAGGUGGCUUCCCAAGCAGCUCUGCAUCUGGCAGUGGAUUUCGGAGAUGGCUCUGGGGUUCAAGUGACGGUCUGCAAUGUGUCUGGGGGAAUGGCGGUCACCGCCUACCACCAAUUUGGAAAAGGAGGAGUCCAUGUGCUCCGGGCGUUUAUCUACGAGUUCUGUGGAACUGAAAAGGAGCUGGGGCCUUACUUUGUGGAGGUCGGCCCCGCGACCAUGUCUGUGUUCAUGAAUUCCAGCAGCAUCCACAAGGACGAGCUUCUCAUCUUUGCCGGCCCCAGCGUGGGUCAGGAAGGCUCCAUUGUCUCGCAUCGAUUUCCAGCCAGUCCCUCGAGCAACGUGACCUUCACAUCUCAGAUCCGAGCAGGGGGCGGCCAGGCAUGGGACCGUGUGACCGUCCGGUAUCACAUGCAGCCCGUCUCAGUCUACACAAAUGGAACCAUGUUUGCCACCGAUGCCCACAUCACUUUUCUGGCUGUUACCGAGGAAACGACCCCCCUGGAGUUCAUGUGGUCAUUUGGAGAAGGUCCAGCCGUGAGGACAACAUCCAGAAGCAUUAAGAAAAGACUCGGUGUCCCCCAGUGGUACAACGUGACGGUGCGGGCCACCAGCAGGCUGGGCAGCGUGGCCUCGGAGCCCCGCCGCAUCAGGACGCAAAGGAGAAUUGUUGCCAAUCGGCUCGCGUCCCCCUCCUCAGCUCUGCUGAACACCAGUGUGACGUUUGAAUUCAGGCUCAACUUUGGCACUGACGUCACUUUCCUGUGGGACUUUGGGGAUGGCACCAUGGGCCCGGGGGACAGUUCGGCCAGUCACACCUACAGCAGGGAAGGAGAGUUCACUGUCCAGGCCCUUGCCUUCAAUGAUGUCAGCGCCGCCUCCCUGCGAAAGCAACUGUUCAUCGUGCGGGAGCCCUGCCAGCCGCCCCCCGUGCGGAACAUGGGGCCCGGGAAGGUGCAGGUGUGGCGGUCUCAGCCUGUGACCCUGGCUGUGACGUUUGAGUCUGCGAUCCUCUGUGACAUCUCCCAAGGCCUCUCCUACACCUGGACCUUCUGGAACUUCCAGGGGAGGCCGGUGGCCCUGCCCCCCACCGUCAGCACGCACAGGCAGACAGUCACUGUCCCCAGCUACUUCCUGGCGCCCGGCAACUACACUGCUCUUGCCAGGGUCCGGGUGGAAGGCAGCGUGGUGCACAGCAGCUACAGCGUGGCGGUAGAGGUGCGAGCCCGGGCCCCCGUCAGCGUCAUCUCCGAGGGCACGCACCUGUUCCUCUCCAGAGACCCCUCGUUCCCCGUUGUCCUCACGGGCUCCCAGUCCUACGACCCAGACCACCCGGGGGCCGUCCUCAGCUAUCACUGGAAAUGCACCGUGGCCAGCAGCCCCGGGCACUCCUGCUUCGCCGCCUCCUCGCCACACAGCCUGGAUGCCGGGGCUCCCUCCCUUGCCUUCCCUGCAGACUCUCUCAGCGACAGCUAUGACCAGUUUGUCGUGACGCUGACGGUGUCCAGCGCCGGCCGGAAUUCUUCAGAGGCGCAGGUGUUCCUGUCCCCUCGCCCCGACUCGGCGCUCAGGUUCGUCCACAUCUCCUGGGUCAGCUUUAAGGACGUGUUUGUUAACUGGAACGAGGAGCUUUCUCUUCGAGCCGAGUGUGACGUGUGUGGUGAAGGGCCCCACCUGUCUUACUCCUGGGACCUCUUCCUGGUCAACGCGACCGAAAGGACCCGAAUGGAAGUCCCCUCUUGCAGAACAGUGGGGCUGCUGGGCGCUGCUGGCCUGGGGGCCAUUUCAAAGCUGCCAGAGCCCAGUCCACCAUCCACGGAGCCGAGCCAGCUGGAGCCCCAUGCAAUGGGCUCACUGUCUUCUCGGGAGCUGUCACCACAGACCCAGGCCCCGCCGGUCCUCUCGGCCACCAGGAAACCCUCCUCGGGGCCCACAGUCAGCGGGCACUGGGUUCCUGCUGCGGGUGACCAGCGUUCCCCAGGACCCAGCCCCCCUCGGAGGUCGUCCCCCCAAGGCCCAUCCCCCACCCCCUCUGAUUUUGAAGCCUAUUACAGCGAUCUCCAAGAAGCUGUGCCACCCCCAGGGAGACAGCCGGCCGACUGGGCUGAUGCUAGCCUCCUGCGAGCAGACCCGAGUUCGAGUCCUGAUGGAGGCCACGGGGACGGGGACAACCUGCUGGGCCCUUUGGAUCCCCUGGUUGCCGCCAGGCCCACCCUCCUGGUGGACUGGCCCAAGUCCCUGGUCAGCUGCGCUCGCUUCCACGGCUACACCUCCUCCGGUAUCACAGGACGCACGGUGACAAUAAAGCCAUUCUCACUGAGCCCCGGGGACACCUAUGUCCUACAAGCCUCUGUGGCUUCCCCGCACCGCGUCCUGGGGAGGGCUCAGCUAUUUGUGACACUCAAUCCGGCUCCGCGGGACGUGGCCUGCCAGGUGCAGCCACAUCACGGCCUCGAGGCUCACACAAUCUUCGGCGUCUUCUGCAUGUCAGGGAGACCGGACUUCCAUUACGAAUUUAGUUAUCGGAUAGGAAAUGCCUCCAAACACACUCUGUACCAUGGGAGAGACAGCCAGUACUACUCCACACUGCCAGCCGGCGAGCCCUCGGACGAUUACAAAGUCACAGUGUCCACCGCAAUCACAGACGGCGUGGGCUCCCGGGCACUGCCAUGCACUGUGACAGUGACCGUCCUGCCCCGUUUCCACGGGAAUCUCUGCCUGGAUGAGGACGCCUAUAACUCCAGCCUGAAGCAUCUCUCUACCCUUCAGCUGAUGGGUAGCUACACAGAGAUCAGGAACUAUAUCACCAUGAUGACCAGGGUCCUGACUCGUUGGGCUGCGGAGGACAGAAGUCCCUCAUGUGGCCAGUGGUCACGAAUACAGGAUAUGCUGAUUUCUUCCGCAUGCAGGCUGCCUUUCGCAGAUCAGGAAGAAAUGAAUGAUUCAAUUUCCCUGUUAAGGAACCUCCUGCGCUUCCCUCAUAAGUUAAGUCUUACGAGUGCAGGUGUUAUCCUCAAAGCCACCCGGGCACUCCGGGCUCAGGGCCUGCUGCUGGGGAAGCUCGCGGUGGAUGAGGGCCCGGUGCGUGAGCUCAUCCUGCUCGUGUCUGAGGUCUUGGAAGCAUGUGACCGGCAGAAACCGAGGGCCGCGGGCUUCCUGCAAGAAGAGGGGAUCGAGGUCAUCUCGGAUCUCUUGUUGGAUGGCCUCUCUGCGAGCAAAGAGCACCACCUCCACGUCAGCACCGGCUGGAUGGAGUUCCGCACGCUCCUCCAUCGCGACCUGCAGAGCUGUAUGCAGAGCCUGGGCUCCGUCCGGGUGCAUUUACCUGCAGACCUGGCUGGACAGAGUCCUGCAGGGGCGACAGCACAGGGCCUGUGCUACGUCAGCCAGCUCGUGCUCUUCAAGGAGAAUCCGUUUCCAGGGCGCCCAGCUCCUGGUCAGAUUGGCCGGGUGAUCGCCCCGUCCCUGUUUAGCUGCUCCAGCAGGAAACCCAUCCGCAGAUGGCGGCUACGGGAGCCCGUGACCGUGGAGUUCGGGGAGGACGAUGACCCGGAUAACAGGAAUAAGACGACGUUUGUGCUGUUCCGGGAUAGAGUGAAUGUUCAUCAGAUCGUCGGGCGUUCCGCAAACGCCCAGGAAUCUCUGCACAUAAGGAUAGAAUUUUCUAGGCCCGUCUCGAGAGCUUUCCCAGUCAUGCUGCUGGUAAGGUUCUCCGAGCAGCCGACUCCUUCUGACUUCCUCAUGAAGAAAGUCUACGUCUGGGACCAGCAGACGGUGCACCUGUAUGUACCUGCUGGUCCUCUGAGAGACACCCACUUGGGAUAUUUAUCCUUACUGGACGCUGACUACGACAGAAGCCCUCCAAACAAACAUUUCGCACAGGCAGUGAACUACACGGUGUGUUUCCAGUGGGUGCGGUGCCUCUUCUGGGAAGAGAGGGAGUGGAAAUCCACAGGCUUCUCUCCACAGCCAGGAAUAUCUCCGGAGAAAGUGAGCUGCAGCUAUGACCGCCUCGCGCCGGCGUCUGUGACGAGAAGAAGCCUGAAUGCCACCUUUUCAAUGAGUGACGUUUCCAAGUGGCAGAGACGCCCGGAGAACCUGCUUCCCAGCAUUUUGAUUGUCGUUUUUACGGUGCUCUACACACUUCUGGUUACUAAAAGCAGACGUGAAGAUUUUCAGGAGAAGGAGAAAGCUGGUUACAUUUUUCUGCAAGAAGAUGCUCCUCCCGGCCAUCAGCUGUACGCACUUGUCGUGGACACAGGCUUCCGGUCCCCUGCCCGCUGCACUGCCAAGGUUUACAUCGUUCUACGUGGUGAGAACGGGUCUUCAGAACCCAGAGAACUCUAUUGUCUGGAGAAGCCCCUGUUCGAAAGGAAUUCCAGACACACUUUCAUCCUGAGCGCCCCUGCUCUUCUGGGCCCGCUCCGGGGCAUCCGCCUCUGGCACGACAGCCGUGGGCCCUCCCCGGCCUGGUACGUGAGCCACGUCAUGGUGAGAGAGCUGGGGCCUGGGCCCAGGAGCAGCUGGCUCUUCCCCGCCGAGUGCUGGCUGGCCGCAAGCAGGGACGACGGCCGUGUGGAGCGGGAGCUGGGCUGCCUGCGCCGGGGCCUCGGCUUCUGGAAGCUCUUGUAUUCCAAGUUCACGGAGUAUCUGGAGGAUUUCCACAUCUGGGCCUCUGUGUACAGCCGGCCGUCCCCCAGCGGCUUCCCGCACACCGCGCGCCUCACUGUGGCCUUCGCCUUGCUGUGCACGUACGCCUGUCUCGCCGCCCUGCUCACAGCGGCAGGACCAGAGCAGCUCCCAUGGGCUCUCGGCACCCCGGAUGCCACCGCUGGGUCCUUCCAGACAGGGCUCCUGUGCUCGCUGCUGGCUGCUCCCGGGGCACAGCUCCUGUCGCUGCUCCUGAGGCUCAGCCAGGAAGCCAGCAGGCUGUUCCGUGCGCAGCCCUGCCUGCCCCUGAGAAGAGCGCCGGCCGAGGCAGCUCAGGGCCUUCACUCCCGCGGGAGUACGGCAGACGCCCACAAGAUGCAAGAGGGCCAGGGCCUCUCGGGGCACGCCAGGGCCCACGGGAGGGCAGCAGGUGGCCGAAGUGCAGGCUGUCCAUCCCCAGAGUGGGGGCCCCGCGGAGCUGACCCCGGCCAGCAGGCUCCAAGGGAGAAGGGGACCCACAGCAUUCUCCAUGUGCAAGCCCCCGACAACGGGCUUGGAGGACUCGCUGCUCUCCGGUGGCUGCGGGCGCUGCUGCCUUGGUCAGCAUCCGCAGCGUGGGCCGUUUGCGGGAUUGUCUCCGUGGCCUGUGGCGUAGGGACGGCGUUUCUAGGAUACAGGUUCGACCCGACUCAGUGUGUGCGCUGGUUGCACCUGCUGACGGUGUCCGUGCUGUGCUGUGUUUUCGUCACGCAGCCGCUUCUGGUGGGCCUCGCGGCCCUGGGCUUUGCCUGGAGAAGGAGAGACGACGCGCACUUCUUCACCGAGUCCUUGCACGCAGCCACCAGUGACCUGUACUCGGAGCCGGAGGAGCGUGCAAGCCCCCGCACGCCCCACCCUGCCAGCCAGAUGGCGGAGAUGCUGGCCGCCCGACAGCGAGCUCGCCGCCUACGCUGGGCACGUCCGCCCUCCGCGGCCCAGCUCAACGCCGUCAGGGAGAGGACGAGAAGAGAGACCCGGACACGGGUGGCCCUGAGAGACACCUGCCUGUGCGCCCUCAUGCUCCUUCUGCGCGCGCUUAUACUCUGUGCGCAGCGCUCCCAGGACGAACGCUCUCUCGGUCAAGCCAUCCGGAGUGAGUUUACGAGGGGAGCCGGGAGCGCCUCCGGAGGCCUGCGAAGUGUGGGGGACUGGUGGGGCUGGAGUCUGACCACGCUGCUGGACGGCCUGCACGGGGCAGGCGCCCCCACCGCCAGCCCGCCGGGCACUCAGCCGGGAGCCCUUGGCGGGAAGUGCUACGUGCUGGGCGCCGUGCUGAUCCGGCAGUGGAGGGAGGCUCCUGGCGACGCGGGCGAGCCUCCCAGCCCACCUUCAGCGCUUACAGAGGACUGCCCUCCUCCACGUGGCCCCAAAGCUGGGGGCCCCGACGCCCCCUCUGCGACAGAUCCUGCCACCCAAAGAGUGGCCCCAAGUGGCUCCGGAGACUGUGGGACCAGGGAUCCCUGGGUGCUCAGCCUGGGCCGCACCAGGUCAGCAGCACAUGCAGCCCUGAGCGGCCUCCGGGCCCGCCGGUGGAUCGACCGCAGCACCAGAGCCGUGUCCGUGCACUUCACUCUCUACAACCCUCCCACUCGGCUCCUGUCCAGCGUGUCCCUGCACGCCGAGCUGCUGCCCACAGGGGACCUGGCCCUGUCCCCGCUGGUGCAGUCGCUGGCUGUCUUCGGCAGUGGCUCGGCCCUGUGGUCCAGCCCCACGCUUCCCGAGCUGGCCUUCCUGCUGCUCAGCCUGACUCACGUCUGCUUGCAAGUCUGCAGCCUGGCCGAGGACGGCGUCCGCAGAUACUGGCGCAAACCAGGGAACUGGCUGGAGCUUGCCAUCCUGGGAGCCAACCUCGCCUGCCACACAGCCUCCAGCCACCUGGCCACGCUCACUGGGGACAUGACGGACCACUUCCGCAGAGGACAUUUCCAAGGAUUUACGGACCUCAGCCUCGCGGCCUCAUGGAAUCAGAGGGUGACCUGGCUCCAGGGGACCGUUUUGUUCCUCUUGACGCUGAAGCUCGCCUUCCUCGUUGGCAUUCAGAGCUCGACGGCCUGCUGCUCCCUCCUGCUGGGUCGCUCGCGGGCUGGCGUCUGCACGGCAGGGCUGGCGGGCGUCCUGAUGCUGGCUGCCCACUGCCACCUGCGCACGGUCCCGCCCUGCACCUUCGCAGACUUCUCCCGAGACCUGCUGUUCCGUCUUCCAGGAAGAAGCCAGACGCACACAUCCCGUGGCCCUUCCGCGUCUGACCUGUGGGCCCUGGCUGGGUGCUACGGGGCCCUUUACAUAGCAGUGAGCACUGUGUGGUGGGGAAUGCUCAGAGGGUCCCUCGCGACUCUUGCUCGAAAAAGGAAAUCUUUUCAAAGCCAGUCGCUCGUGAGCCUGGCCGACCUGACUGCCUACGUGCGGGGGGCGGUCCUGGCCUGGUUGGGAUUGCAGAAGCCACCACAGGAAGAGGCUGAUGUGGCCGUGAGGCGUAAUCACUACCUGGAUGAGGUCUCCGAUCUGCUGGACGAGCUCCUGUGGAAGAUUCACAGUUUGUCCGACAGCCCCCAGCGUCCUCUUCCACGGCAGGGGUCCGGGGAUACGGGAGGGGCCGGGCCAGGAGGCCGUCCCUUGGGGGGCAUCUCUGCCUAAUGAGCCACUGGGCACUCAUGGCGGGGGCUAGCAAAGGCCCCUGGUGUGGAAGAAAAGAUAAUAGAACAGCCCAGAGCUAAAGGAAUCCCCUGGAACAUGAGUGUUGGGGACACGGGGCUGCGGGAAAGCCAUCUGCUGCAGAGGCUGUUGAAGUGGAACCAGCAGAGGGGCUGUUGGUGGCCCAGAGGCCUGGAGCCAGGAGAGGCAUGUGCUGCGGGCGGGACACGGUGAACAGGCAGGUGAGUGUCGGGCUCCCGUGUGACGUGAUCUCAGGGACUCCCUGAGAUCCAGACAGACACCAUGUUGCCCGGACUGGCCGCCGUCACGCAGCCCAGCGGCACGGGCGUGCUCCCUGGCCCGGUGAGAUGGACCCCUGCGAGCAGAAGUGGACAUGCAUGACAAACACAGAUAUGACGGGAUGAUGUGACCCCAGAGAGCCAUCGGUGAUGACUGGAAGGGGCGCUUAGUGGCUCCGAGGGCG